AUGGGCGAACACGAGCGUUGCAGCGGAUUGUUUUGCGUUAUAGGCCUGCGCGCCCACUACGAGCAACAGGAGCGUCUGUUUGGGCGUUUAUUGUCUUCGAGUGCAUUGGAAGAAAAGAAGAAGAAAAUUGCAAGCAAAGAAUCAAGUGAAUUAAGUUGGAGUUUAUUGGAUAGUGCAAUUGCUAGUUGUGUAGAAUCCGUCAAAAAAUCGGAAGAAAUCAUCAAUAAAGGAGCAGCAGCUCUUUGGAUUUCUUAUCAUAAUCCACCUCUUUCUGCCCUUAAUACAAAUGAGUGGUUGGAUACAGACUUGUAUUGGCAGGCGUUUGUGGAAAAACAUUUCUUCUAUUCACAAUACCAGCCAGGAGUAGAUGACCCUGAAAGCCCAGCUGUCGUUGAAGAGGCGCGGAAAGAUUGGCACAAACGUAUGGGCAAGUUCAAUGACCGUUCAGAUACCCCUCUUCUUUACAACUUUAUGGACACUCUUCCUUCGUGGGAGUACUACGAUAUACACAGGCAAGUGACGCGUCUGGUAAAGGCCUUUAUUGAGCACAUGAUGUAUUAUUUAAUUCGCACUGGCGGUGAUUACCGUUUCUUCCCCGAGAUGUUGCCGUGGCAGUGGCUGGGGGAUAUUGAGGACCAGCGCUACAGGUUCUUGUCUGUGGCACAGCGGCGGCGCUCCACGUUCCAGGAGGCGUCGCUUGCCCGAGAAAAGGCUCUCGAUUUGCUGCCGUUGGAUAUGGAGCACGACUUGGACAACCACCUCAUGAAGCACUUCACAGACGAAGCAGCUUAUGUAUCGGCUGCUGUUGGGCGCCUCAUGGCUUCGUACAGCUUCUUGUGCCACCCAUUCAUACCAUGCUCCUCCCUGCGCUCAGCCAUCACUGUCAUGAAGAUAGACAACGCAAAAGGCAAAUGGUAUUCACUAGGAGACGACGUCAGCGCCCUCUUCUACCUCCCACACCCAGAGGCCAGAGACCCCCCUCGCCCCAAAGCCGCCCUUAACCGCAUCAUGGACCACCUGACGAUGACGGGCCAACGAUUUAAUCCCGCAUAUGCGGCUGUAUUCGACUCGUUUGCUGAUAUCCUUGAACAGAGAGGAGAGCACUGGUUCUGCGCUGAAGGGGAGUGCGCCUCCCAGGCAUUUUUGCGGCGGCUCCGUACAGACGAUCCUCAGCGAGAGGUAUUUGAACAGUAUUUCGAGGAAAUGUACAGCCGCUUCAGUUCGGCAGAAGAGGUGAAGCCACAAGAUUUCGUAAAAUUGAUGCAGGAGAAGGAAAAAGCACACAAAGCCGAGGUAGACGUCUACAGCCACUGGGUUCUGGCCACCAGGGGAGAUUCGGCCAAAGAAGAAGCCGACAACAUUAUUUCUCUUUUCAACGGUAAACAACUCCAGCCUCUUCUUGACAACAACAGUAUCGUCGUAUUCAAUGAAGAGGGACAAAAAGUUAAGGACCCGCAUCUACUCGUCGCCUCCUUCCAGGCCUUCGAGAAGCUUAAGGAUACCAUCCUUGAUGCUGUCAAGAACGUGAAGACAGGUGGCUCGCAGCGGAAGAGCUGA